GGAUGGAUGGAUUUGCUGCUUAUUUGUUAGAUGGAUGGAUGAAUUUGCUGCUUAUUUGUUAGAUGGAUGGAUGAAUUUGCUGCUUAUACAAUUUGGGAUAGUGCUGUCAAUGCUGUCAAUGUUUCCUGCUGUCAAUGUAUUGCUAGAUAGUGCUAGAUAGUGCUGUCAAUGUUUCCUGCUGUCAAUGCUAAUGUGGUAAUGUUGAAUAAUAAUGGUAGAUGGAGAAAGUUAAAGAGCCCAAAGCAAAUUGGGAUAGUGCUGCUCAUACAAUUUAUAUGACUGCUUGCGUAGAGGAGGUUCGAGGAAAUAAUCGCAGCGGCAGCUUUUUGUCGGACAUAGGACAAGCUAAUUUGCAUAAAAAGUUCAAUGAACGCUCCGGAAGAAACUAUUCAACCCGGCAAAUCAAAAAUAGGUGGAGUGUGUGUAGGAGCGACUACAAUACAUGGAAGACAUUGAUCCAGCAAGCAUCUGGCCUAGGAAGAGAUGAGCAUACGAAGACUAUUGCUGCUACAAAUGAGUGGUGGGCAUUGGAGAUAAAGGCACAUCCAGAAGCUGCCAAGUUCCGGUAUGCUCCACUAGCGGAGGAGGAAAAAAUGUCAGAGGUUUUCGAUAAUUGUUGUGUCACAAAUGAGCAUGCGAGGGUGCCAACUCCCUCUUAUCAAGGUGAUCCCUCCCGAAUUAUUUUGGAGGAUGACUCAGGGUGUGAAAGUCAGGAUUGCCAAGUUACCCCUAUUCAAAAUCGGGGAAAGAGUGGGAAGAAGAGGGCGUCUCCUUACUCGCCAAGUCCAAAGAUGAAUGAUAAGUGGGCAGGUGAGAAUGCUAAAAAUGAGGCUUUUGUACACAUGGUGGAUCUCUUUAGUGCAAGAGACAAGAGGGAUGCAGAGGAGAAGGAGAGUGUGGAUCAAACAAGACAAGAGAUUCAACACAUGAUGGCCAUGGUGGAAGCGGAUGGUGCAAAACCAGGAAGUGAUGAGCAUUUCUAUGCUACCUUUCUUUUCAUGGAAAAGAAAUAUCGCGAUGUUUUCUCCUCUUUCACGGCUCAUGAACCUAUUAUGGAUAUUUCCAAAAAGAUUGCCAAAAAGAAACAAGAUGAUAAAGAAUUUGAGGCGGCAAUGGUUGCAUUUGCUAUGGAUGUAGCGUCGUCAAGUGCCAACGCUCUACCACCAGAAGAUGAUGGUACCAUGAACGCAACACGUGAGGCGAUUGCUGCUAGUCUUGUACCUUGA